UAUGUUUAAGGAUUUAUUUGUAAAUAAUAUAUUAUGUCUCAUUAAAUAUAAAUAUCUGGUACAUUUGUUUGAUACUAAGCUAUAAACGCCAUAUUACAACACUAAGCUGACUGCUAACAACGUUCGCGCUCUUAAACCUAUUUACGGCACAUGAAAACAGUUUCCGUCCUACCCGUUGUUACUGAGCAUGUGCGCGCAUGCGCACAACGCAAAAGGGGAAUGCUACUCCGUUGUCAUAUUUGCAGGAAAAUAGAUAAGUAGUAAGUAUUAGUACUUUUUAUUGACGUUGAUACUUGAUUUUUUUUGGGUAGGGGUUUGUGUCAUGUAAAACACCGUAAAAUUAUCCUACGGGUAGGACGUUUUCUCAGAACGAACAAAAACCUUUUACCGAUUAUGAAUUUAUGGAAACACGUAGCCCACUCUAAUAUAUACUAACAAAGAGAAAACAAAGCUAACAUGUAAUCAACAAACAACCACGUGCAACCCAACCACUGUCACCAUGACGCCGCAUUUAUAAAUCUCUAUAGAGACUGCGCGUCUGCGUUGUUUUCAGCUGCGCGUCUGCGUUGUUUUGGCGCUUCCAUCCAUCAUAGCUUCUUUAUGACGUCAUUCCUUUGUGCGCGUGACGUAAUCACUACUACUGUUACAUACAGACACAUUACAGUUCAUUUGAGCGAAUAGGCGCGGUUGGAAAGUACGUCACCCGUGAGUACAGAGAUAACAUGACUACUUAUAAACAAGACCUGACAGCACAAUUACGGGACAGCCGUAAGACUGUGGAUCAACUUAAUAGACAGAUCAGAAUAUUAAACGCUGAAAACAAAAAGCUACAGAAAGAGCAUUUGAAAACUGUAAAAGAUUUAGAAAUCUGUCGCAAUGACACUUACAAAAAAGUUCAGCAAAAACGUCAGAAUGAGAUGUCGGAUAAACUUAAGGAGAAAAAUCAAAUGAUUCAGGACUUGAAACAACAAGUUGCUGGAUUUGAGCUUAGAAUUAAAAAACAAGAAACUGAUUUCUUGAGAAAAGAAAGACAGCUGGAGAUGGUGUAUGAUGAAAAGUUUGACAAAGCACAGUUGAUUUUCAAAAACCAGCUAAAAGAAAAUAAAUCAGUUGUUAAUGACUACGAGUCCAAACAGGAGGCAGACAGGAUAUUUAUAAAGAAAAUAGCAGCUGAGAAAUUAGACUACGAAAGAGAGUGUAAGGCUCUAAAGGAUCAGAUUGAUGUUUUAAAAACUGACAAGAAAACAGCUGAGCAUCAAACUAAUAAAGUUCAAAGAGAAGUAGACCUGCUCAGAAGCAGCAUAAACAAAGACAUUUUAGAACAAGCCAAGCUAAAAGAGGAAAUCAAAGGGAAAGUUACAAAAAUUGAAGAAAUUGAAGGAGUGUUGAAACAAAAGGAAAAAGAAAUCAUUGGAUUUAAAAAAACCUUACAUGCUACACAAAGAGACAUCCAUGAAAGUAAUAUCAAGGCAAGCAGGCUUAGAAAUGUUCAAAGGGAUUUGAAACAGGCGGAAGAUAAAAAUCGUAUCUUUAGAGCCGAUCUGCAAGCUGAAAAGGCCCAAGUCGACAUCUUGAAGGUGGACAAAGAUAAGUUAAUUGAAAAAUGCGAUAAACUGAAAGAGAGUAAUGAAAAGCUAUCCGCAGAGAAUUUGGCAUUACUACAGACCAACAAAGAGGUCUCUGAAAAGCUGAAGGACAGCGAAAGAACAGCUAAACAUUUAUCUGAAGAAAACGUGAAGAAAGAAGAAAAAAUCGACCGGCUCACAAAUGAACUUAGGAACACUAGGACAGCUUACCAAAACGAGAGGACACUGUGUGACCACGAAGUGAGAAGGAUGAAAGAAUAUACUUAUAGCGAACUUGUUGACACAAAAAAUAUGGCAAGCGAAGCUGGCAUCCAAAGAGUAAUUCUCAUCAACCAAAACAAAAAGUUGAUUCAUCAAGUCAGCUGUCUGGAACAGCGCUUGACUAAAGCAACAGAAGACAUCAAACUCUUAAGCGGAGAAAGGGAGAAACUUCUUCAAGAAAAACAAAAAAUGUCAUUUGACAAAGACCAGUAUUACGUUGAGCUGGAAAAAGUAAAAGGCGACAAUAACUCUCUGAAGCAAGAGAUUUCACAUCUCAAGUUGCAGGAAAACAUCUCAAAGAAGAAAUUUGAAGAAAAUAUUCAGUCAGUUCGUCAAACACUCACUCACACAGAAUCUGUUCUGGCAAAUGUGGAGGACGAAAACCGGAAACUAUGUCAGAGAAUUGAGAUUCAAGAAAAACAGAUUCGAGAACACAAAGAGCAGCUAACCGAGACUAAAAGAAAUUUGGAGUCAUUUCACCGCCUAGUAGAGGAAAAAGCUGAACAAAUCAGAGAACUUGAAAGCCAUAACCAUGUUAUAAAAAGACCUGUAGUGUUUGGUAAUAUGUACAUUGACUGCAUGCGUGGCAAAAUUCCUGUCGAGAAAAAGUGUUUUGAGUGUACCAAACUUAGAAGAGAGCUUAGCCAAAUUAAUCAGGAUUUUACAACUAAGCUAGAAGAAAAGGAGAAAAUGAUUCAUGAACUGAGGUUAAAAAAUCACAAGACUUUUGGUCUGAGAGCAGAAAAUAACGACCUUAAAAAGCAAAAUGUUAAACUGCAAGGAAUCGGCAUUGCUUUAGAGUGGCAACUGCAACAAGUCACUGACACAAAAGACAAAUUAAAAACUGAGGACAAACCAAAGCCAAACCAGCCAAAGAGAUUGUUGAGGCGCCCUUCACUUGAACCUGCUCGUUUAAGAAGGCCAACUGACCAUUUAAUGUAGGAAAACUCUAUCCCCGGUUGAAAAAAGCGUUUUUAGAAGCUUUGCUGAGAAAGGCCACUUUUUACUAGAAAAACUGGCCUUCAUGUAGUUUCAAACGAAAUAUCCACAAUAAGCAUUUAAAUAGUAUUUUCUGGACAGCAUUUUAUAUGGAGUAGAAAAUAAAGAAUCAUAAGACUUUUGAUCUGAGAUCAGAAAAUUACGACCUUAAAAAGCAAACUUGUAAACUGCAAGGAAUCAGCACUGCUUUAGAGUGGCAACUGCAACAAGUCACUGACACAAAAGAUGAUUUAAAA